UCUCUUUCAUCAUUGUCCUUCUACCCUGAUCAUUAUAUGUAUUCACAUAUACACGAAAAUGAUACCAUAUUAUUGUACAAAAUUUAUAAUUAACUGAUUCAAUAUUCUAUAUUUAUAAGUUGAAAGUGAUUAAUGUUUUUUAAAUUUUUAUUUAUUUUAAAAAUAUUGGACCAGAUUUGGAUUAAACCAGAAUCUAAUCCAAAUCCAAUCUGAGGCCCUAGGUCCAAUAGGAUUUCAGAUUGGAUUCAUAUUUAAGUUUUAAAUAAUUGGAUAGGAUUUGAACAUGACAGAAUCCGAUCCAAAUCCAACCCUGUUACAGCCCUACUGAUGUUGCCAUUGACAAUUUGAAAUACAAAAAGAGGACUACUCAAAUCACAAAAUUCAAGAGUUGUAGAAAAACAAACAUUUGGAAAAAGAAUGAAAGUAGAAUUAUUUAUAGAGAGACAAGAAACCCUUACUUAAUCCUUCAAUAACUCAAGAAAAGGAGGAAGCAGAAAGUCAUUCAAUUUAGUCAUUUCAGUUGUCAAAUGGUUCCUAAUUCACAAUGAACAUUCUCCAUAUAACCUGUCUUCAUCCUGAUGUACAUUUUAGCAAUUUAAAGGUGCUUGUGAGAACAUAUUUUUUCCCUUAAUUUGAUAAAAAUUUCUUCUUCAACCUUUUUAUGAAGCAAAAGGAAAAUUACUUUCAACCUUCUUUGUUGUGGUUGUUUCCCAUGGUCAACAAAGAAGCACUCCAGAACACAGAAAAGCUAUGAUGCAGAAUUUUGAGCACUAAUAGAAGGGCUGAAAUCAGCAAGAGUUUAGUGCUUCAAUAGAGUUAUCAUCUAAUCAGAUGCACAACAUUUGAUUGAUAAGGUGAAUGGUGAACGGAAGGAAACCCAAUCUCAACUGGGUGGACUACUUCAACGUGGAUCAUGUUUUGGACCUUGUGGAUAAAAUAUGGUCUAAAAUUUUUUGUAUGUAAACAGGGAUCAAAUUCAGGUAAUCAUAAUCUAGAGGCAAUACAAGGCUUUACUUCUCUUAGAAACUUGUAAGAGAAGGCAUGCAACACCUCACUGCACUUGGAGAACUAGAGAUUGGUAAUUGUUCGGAGCCUUGUUCCUUGGAGGGAAUCCAAGGUCUGACUGCCCUGAAAAAGUUAACGAUUGAAAAUCUUCCGAAAUUACAGGGGCUGCCACAGCAAUAGCUAGGAAACCUCCAAUCUCUCCAACGGCUUUUUAUUUCCGACUGUCCCUCCAAUAAUUUUUCAACUCUACUCAAAGGGCUUCGAAACCUGCCUUCACUUCAAAGCCUCCAAGUUCUAAAUAUCCCUGAUUUGGAAUCUCUACCACAAUCACUUGGAAACCUCACAUCUUGAAUCUCUUGAAAUCUAUAAUAUCCCUAAUUUGGCAUCUCUACCAGAAGAAAUGAAGCGCUUGACAAGAUUACGGGAGCUAUGUAUUUCCGAUUGUCUCCAUUUAAAGGAAUGAUGCUCAAGGGAGACCGGUGAAGAUUGGCCUAAGAUAUCUCAUGUCCCGAAUAUUCAGCUAUUAUGGUGAUUGAUACUCUACCUGAUGGAUAAUUAAUUAAAUUUGGGAUUCAUGCUACCACAGCAGCUUCCGUUCAUAACAAUGUCUUCUUCUUUCAGGUGGUUUUUUGGUUAUUCUUCUGAUCCAGUGGAAGCAGACCUUGGUUCAAUUUGGAAGGCCCUCUCUUUUGCUAAGGCUCAAGGCUGGAAUUCCAUUUGUGUUCAAUCAGAUGCUAGAAAUGUUAUCUUGGCGUUGAAUGAUGGGCUUUCUUUACCUUGGAAAUAUAAUGUUUGGGUGGACAAGAUCCAGAAUCUUAAAUCGUCUUUUGCCUCGGUUAAUUUCUUGUUUAUCCCUAGAACUGUUAAUCAGGCUGCCCAUCUUUUAGCUCAGAAAGCUAAAUCAUUUCUCUGACUGUCUGGUGGGGCACCCCCAGUCUGUAUUGAACCUCUUUUGUCUGCUGUUUAAUAUAUUUAUUUUCUUAUAA